AUCUCUACAACGAAGAACCCAGGUCUCAUUCGACGACUUUCCCGCGGCGCUUCGAACAAAUUGCGCCGUCGUGGGUCCACAACGCGCUCGAUGCGCAUGCAUGACCAGAGCGCUGGCCCAGUGCUGAUGCGUAAGCGCAGUGAUAGCAUUGAUGGAUCUGACGGUGGACAGGAUGUUUCGGAUCUCGAACUUGAUGUCUCGACCGACCAGCCUGCAGGAGAUGCUCUGGGAGCGCCCUUGAUAUCGACCAUGAGCCGCGAUCCACAAAAUCCUAUGGCCAGCGCGGCCGACUUGCCCAGUAAUCGAUCUGGUUCUGUGCGAAGUGUCUUCGAAGGCGGUAUCGCACCUGCAAGUUCAGCUGUGCUCGAGAAUGGGACAUGGGUAACGAAGAUCACAAAACGCAACAGGAAACGAGUCAAAUUAUGGCUGGAUCCAAACUUUGCUCGAGUAUGUUGGCACUCAACCAAGGCCAGCAAGUCCUUCCUCAUCGAUGACGUUCGAGAGUAUCGCGUGGGCGCGCAGUCCAGGAAUGCUCGAGACGAUGUUGUGGUUGCCCCGGAUCAGGAGAACCUUUGGAUUACCAUUGUCUACGACACGCAUGAAAGAUCGCAGGGGCGCUCCAUCAAGACUAUGCAUGUCAUUAUGCCUGAUGACUUCCUGCUGAAACUAUGGACUGAUGCACUUGAUACGGUCUCCCGGCAGCGCAUCCAAAUCAUGAGCGCUUUGUCUUCAUCGACAGAGCGCCACGAGCAGGGCAUGGCUUUGGCUUGGCGGCAAGCAAUGACUCGCCAAGGCCAAAAUCGAGAGACCGGUUUCACUUACGAAGACGCGCGCUGGGUUUGUCGGAAGCUCGAAAUCAAUUGCACCGAAAACACGGUUCAAACUCACUUCAAGAGCAUCGUAGGCGAUCUCAAUGCGACAAUGGACUUCGAGAUGUACCGAAAAUUCAUCCAGUCAUUUCGCGAACGCAAGGAAAUCUAUCAUAUUCACGGCAAAUUCGGAUUUGGCUCAGGCAUCAAGCCAGAUGUGGAACUCUUCCUCGACUUCCUCGCCAAUGAACAGAAGAUCGAUGUAGCGAAAGAUCGACCACAAUGGGAGGGCAUCUUCGAGCGCUUUGCGAAGCCUUCCACCUCGCGAUCCUGCGCUUGCGAGUCUCACCGCGGACAAGAUCGAAAUUCAAUGACGCUCAGCGUGCAAGGUCUUCAAAAUUUCAUCGCUUCGCAAUACAAUGGCCCACUUGUGCCCAAAAUAAACGACCCCACACUGGACAGACCACUCAAUGAAUACUACAUCUCGAGCUCGCACAACACGUACCUGCUCGGUCGACAGUUGCGCGGCACUUCGAGCGUCGAGGGUUACAUCGCAACACUCGUCAAGGGAUGUCGCUGUAUCGAGAUCGAUUGCUGGGAUGGCGAAAACGGCCGUCCUAUGGUUACACAUGGCAGGACGAUGACGACGAGAAUCCCUUUCGAAGAUUGCGUCUCUGUUGUGGCAAGAUACGCUUUCAACAGUUCGCCGUAUCCGCUGAUCAUCUCCUUGGAGGUGCACUGCAAUGCCGAACAGCAACUCGUUAUGGUUGAGCUCAUGAAAAAAUAUUUCAAGGACAUGAUGGUUAUGGAGCCCUUGAUUUCGAACGCCGUUUCGUUGCCGUCCCCAUCAGAGCUCAAACACAAGAUCUUAAUCAAGGUCAAGGCUUCGAGUUCAGACAAUACCGACUUAACGUUGCUGACGGAUAGCGUGAUCUCUGGGCGAAGCCGCGCCCGCAGUUUGACAUCCGGUCUCACGCGAGCUUCGUCUUUGUCGGAUGCUCAUGUCGCUGCCCCGUCAUCAAUAGUUUCAAGCCCGACCGCCACCAGUCCAUCUGACUACCAAUCGUCGCACACGACUCGAGAGUCCUCCAUUGCUUCAGUCCCUAUUGUCACACCAGCCAGUUCCGCCGAAGACAGCGACGAGAUCCCCAUGCGUCUUGACAAGACACAGCAGCGGAACAAGAAGACCAGCAGAAUCGUCCCUGAACUUGGAAAGCUUGGCGUCUAUGUGCAAGGAUACAAAUUCCUUGGCUUUCAAGACCCAUCCGCCAGAACUUAUAAUCACAUCUAUUCUCUCGCCGAAACUACGUUCAAAAAUCUCUGUGCGCGUAAAACUGACAAUAAAGCACUACUGGAGAAACACAAUGUGCGGCAUCUUAUGAGAGUUUAUCCGAGUAAUCUGAACGUAGAUUCCUCCAAUUUUGAUCCUCUUCAAUCAUGGCGGCGCGGAGUGCAAAUGGCCGCUCUCAACUGGCAGUACUAUGAUGUCCAUCAACAGGUCAAUGAAGCCAUGUUCGCAGCGGGUCCCGAUCGCUCUGGAUACGUGCUCAAGCCCGAGGAGCUGCGCCACGCCAAAUCAUCACCCACGGAGAGUGCCAGCGGGCUCAAGGAAAAGAAGGGCAGGAAAAUUGUUCGUUUCACUGUCGACCUCUUGGCAGCCCAGAGACUACCUCGCCCGCGAACACAGAACCAAGAUGCUCCCAUGAACACUUACAUCGAGCUCGAGGUCUAUUGUCCCGAGGACAGACCAGGCGGAAAUGCGAGUAAUGAGAACAACAAUGACUUCCCUCUCCAUGAUGAGGCCCCUUAUUCUCGAACUUCCCUUUGCCAACGCUCUCGCACGAUCGAAGGCAACGGAUUCGACCCCCAGUACAACUCGAAAAUCGAAAUGAGGGUUGAAACCAAAUGGCCGAGCUUGGUGUUCGUCCGCUGGACCGUCUGGAACGUCCAGGAGGGAAAAUCUGCGACACUCCUCGCAACAUACACAGCGAAGCUUGCAAGCCUACUGCAAGGCUACCGUCUUUUGCCUCUGUUCAACCCCCGAGGAGAGCAGUACCGCGACGCCAAGCUCAUGGUCAAGAUCUCCAAGAAAGCGCCAGUG